CAUGAGAGCCGUAGUGAGCUGCAGCCACCGCCGGCCGCGGAGGAGGCAUCACCCCAGCCGGGCGGCUGCUACUGUCCUACCUAGGGAACAUCCUUUCUAUGGGACAAGUGAACUGCUGCUGCCGCCGCCGCCUCCCACUGCAGCGUGGGGGGGGGCCCUUGGCCCAGCUCUCGCCACCAGGGCGCCACAGCACCAAUUACUAACCCUCUGUCACUUGCACAACUUUACCCCCACAACGCCUGAGCAUCCUCCCACUAAGCCGGUUUGGGUGGGGGGUGGGGGGGGAGUGGGGGGAGUUCUUUGCCCUCUCGAUUUUUUUUCUUUUUUAACCAGCAUCACUCUCCAGCCCUCCCCCCGUUGGGGGGCUGCUGAUUCCCUGCUUUGAAGUGCAAAAAGAAAAUCCAUCGGGGAGGGGGGGGGGAGGAAGAGUUUGGUUUGGUUUUUUCACUCACACGGUCCAAGGCGUGAUGCUGAAGAUGCUCCCGUUUAAACUGCUGCUGGUGGCCGUGGUUCUGUGCUUCUUUGAGGGGGAUGCCAAGUUUGGGGAGAGUGGUGCAAGGAGGAGAAAGUGCCUGAAUGGUAACCCACCGAGGCGCCUGAAAAAGCGAGACAGGAGGAUGAUGUUCCUGGAGCCUGCGAGCGGAGGGGAGAUGAUGUGUCGUGGCUUGUACCCCCGCCUGUCCUGUUGCUCCAGGACUGACAGUCAGGGGCUGCUGCACAUUGAGACUAAGAUAUUUUCUGUUACCAACAACACAGAAUGUGUGAAGCUACUGGAAGAAAUCAAAUGUGCACACUGCUCACCACAUGCUCAGAAUCUAUUCCAUUCACCUGAGAAAGGGGAAGCAUCUGAAAGAGAACUAGCUCUUCCCUUCCUGUGCAAAGACUAUUGUAAAGAAUUCUAUUAUACUUGCAGAGGUCAAAUACCAGGGUUUCUCCAAACUACAGCUGAUGAGUUUUGCUUUUACUAUGCAAGAAAAGAUGGUGGCUUGUGCUUUCCAGAUUUUCCAAGAAAACAAGUGCGAGGCCCAGCUUCUAACUAUUUGGACCAGAUGGAAGAAUAUGACAAAGUGGAAGAGCUCAGCAGAAAGCACAAGCACAACUGCUUCUGUAUUCAGGAGGUUGUGAGUGGUUUGAGGCAGCCUGUUGGUGCAGUGCACUGUGGUGAUGCAUCACAUCGUCUCUUUAUCCUUGAGAAGGAAGGAUAUGUGAAGAUUUUCACUCCUGAAGGGGACAUAAUUAAGGAACCGUUUUUGGACAUACACAAGCUUGUUCAAAGUGGCAUAAAGGGAGGAGAUGAAAGAGGACUGUUAAGCCUUGCAUUCCAUCCCAAUUAUAAGAAAAAUGGAAAGCUGUAUGUGUCUUAUACCACCAACCAAGAACGGUGGGCCAUUGGACCUCAUGACCACAUCCUUAGGGUCGUAGAAUACACAGUAUCCAGGAAAAAUCCACACCAGGUUGAUAUGAGAACAGCAACAGUGUUUCUAGAAGUAGCAGAGCUACACCGAAAACAUCUAGGAGGACAGCUUCUGUUUGGACCAGAUGGCUUCUUAUACAUUUUCCUUGGUGAUGGAAUGAUCACUCUAGAUGAUAUGGAGGAGAUGGAUGGUUUAAGCGACUUUACAGGUUCUGUAUUACGUCUUGAUGUAGAUACUGAUUUGUGCAAUGUUCCUUAUUCCAUACCACGGAGCAACCCACACUUUAACAGCACCAAUCAGCCUCCUGAAAUUUUUGCACAUGGACUCCACAAUCCAGGCAGGUGUGCCGUGGAUCGCCACCCAACAGAUGUAAAUAUUAAUUUAACAAUACUUUGCUCAGACUCAAAUGGAAAGAAUAGAUCUUCAGCAAGAAUCUUGCAAAUAGUAAAGGGGAAAGACUAUGAAAGUGAGCCUUCACUUCUAGAAUUCAAACCAUUCAGUAGUGGACCAUUGGUCGGUGGAUUUGUAUACCGAGGUUGCCAAUCUGAGAGACUUUAUGGAAGUUAUGUGUUUGGAGACCGCAACGGAAAUUUUUUAACGCUGCAACAGAGUCCUGUAACCAAACAGUGGCAAGAGAAACCUCUAUGUCUUGGCAACAGUGGCUCAUGUAGAGGCUUCUUUUCAGGUCACAUUUUGGGAUUUGGUGAAGAUGAAUUAGGUGAGGUGUACAUUUUAUCAAGCAGCAAAAGCAUGACACAGUCUCACAAUGGGAAACUCUACAAGAUUGUUGACCCCAAAAGACCUUUAGUCCCUGAAGAAUGCAAAAGAACAGCUCAGUCUGCACAGAUAUUGAUGUCUGAAUGCUCAAGGCAUUGUCGGAAUGGGCACUGCACUCCAACUGGAAAAUGCUGCUGUAAUCAAGGCUGGGAAGGAGAAUUCUGCAGAACUGCAAAAUGUGAUCCAGCAUGCCGACAUGGAGGUGUCUGUGUAAGACCCAAUAAGUGCUUGUGUAAAAAAGGAUAUCUUGGCCCGCAGUGUGAACAAGUGGAUAGAAACAUCCGAAGAGUGACAAGGGCAGGUAUUCUUGAUCAGAUUAUAGACAUGACAUCCUAUUUGCUGGAUCUAACCAGCUACAUUGUAUAGUUUCUGGGACUAUUUGGAUACUACAUUUUCAACGGGCAUUUAUUUUGAAUCCUGUCAUUUUAAAAGGACGGUUAUCCUGCUAUAAACACCGGUGAUUCGAUUUACUUUUAUUAAUUUAACUAUAAUUUCCAGACAUGUGCAGAUAAUCUUUUUUCAUGUGUGCAUAUAUCAAUACAUCGGCAUAGAUGUAUAGAUGUACAACACACACAAAACCCCAUCAUAAGUGUGGUUGCAUAACUAGUGGAAUUUCUGAAAUAUAUUUCUUCACGUGAAAUAGUUUACACAGUGAUUCCACUUAAACCACAUUUUCAUCAAAGGACUCUUAUGGUGUCAUAAUGGAUUCUUUGAUAUCCCAGCAAUUUUAUGUCUGUAACUAUAACAAUAAAGAGAGGAGUUUUGAAACAUUACUGUACAAACUGCUGGAUUUCAUUAAAUUUAGUUAUAACAGUUUUUAAGGUGAAAUGAACUGCACUAUGAGAGAAUAUUUCCAAACUCCUUAAUGCAGUCCUAAAUAGGCAAUUCAUUGUAAGCUUGUAACCUUCACCUUCAUCAAUGUAUCUCUAUUACAGAAUGUUAUGCACUUACUUCUUUAUCUGGCAAAUAUGCAGAAAUCUGGCUAUCACAACUUAAUAUCAAGACUGUUUCAAGUGUUUAAUAAUUAAAUUAUACCAGCAUAUUUCAAAACCAGUCAUCCUAGAAGGUCUGCUUUUUAUCAUAUAUUUUAUUUAACAUUGGGCACUGGGUUCAUGUUACAUAUUUAUAUUAUUUUAUUUUAUUUUUAUAAUAUAGACAUCACCUAGAUGAAACAGCUUUGCCAUGUCCUGUAAAAUACUAAAGUUACAUUUUUCACCAAUUUAAUUGGAAUGAUGGGGAAUGAGAGAGCAAACACUCUUAAAUGUGUUGUGGAUCUAAUUUAGAAAUGUAUCCUUGUGUUAACAUGUAUUCCUCUGCAACGGAUGAAAAAGCAACCACCAAUCAAUCUUUGUAGAAUUCCAGCAUACCAUAAAAAUGUUUAUAAAAGUGCUUUUCACUAUAACAGAAUUGCCCAGAUUAUACAUGAUUAGACUGUUACAGAUUUCACACUGAAUGGAACUUCAUUGGACAAGAGCUCACUUUAGCAAAUCUUGGCUACAUAAAAUGUUACUUGUACAAAACAUUAUAUGAUGAUUAUUGCCAAAUAUGGUUUUAAAUGUAAAUGUUCCUUGAAGAGUUAACAAAAAAUGAAUUUUUGUAAAUGUAUCAAUAAAUUUGGUGUACAUGCUGUAUUCAGGUUUUUUAAAGCAUUAGUUAAUAUUUUAACUAUAGACACCUUCAGACUGGGGGACCACCCCCAAUCCGCCCCUGCUCCUUGAUCCCCCAUCAUAUGUGGCCAGAUCUCAGUGUUCAUAUCUAUCACAUAUAAGGUUUCCUUUGCACUACUGCCUUACAGAAAAACUUACCUACAAAGAGAGAGCAGAACAACCACAGUGUUCCCAUCAUAGCCCUAUAAAUUGCUGUUCCUCUAUCAACAGUGGACAGUGGUUUAAGCAAUGCAGUCUAACAUAUUCCAGCAAGAUUUUCCACCAAUAAGAAAAUGACCUUUAUAGGACAGUGACUUGUAACUAAUUUUCCAUUAAUGGAUGUUUUCAGUCUCUUAUUUUAAUACAUCUAAAUUUGCAAGGAAAGCAUGCUUGAUAUUUGUCCCAAUCUGUGUUAAGAGACUGGGUAAAGUGAACAGAAAGCUACACUUGCCUUCCAUAUAUGAUUACUUGGGUUUUAGCUGACCUCAUGCCAAAUGGAAAUUGGUUGAGAAAUCUUGGUUGAGUGCUUAGUGAACAAUAGUCUGCAUUAAAAAGUGCAUGCAUAAUUUUGCACAAUGUAGAUUCAAGUGACAGUCUAUUCAAAAAAGUCUCAGGAUUAAAUGAGCAUGGAGACCAAAUUGCCCUCUUACCCCAGAAAAGGGUGGUCCCUUCUAGUCACACUAACACUUCAUUGGCUAAGCAGUGUGACAAAUCUUGCAAUGAACCCUGCAGUAGCCUGCAUCUGUAAGUUAAUAGCAGCUCUUUGUCUCCACUGCUUUCUGCCUAUAGUCUUUUUACUGAAUUCCAUCACAAAAAGUUUUACAAUUAAAAAAAAUGUCCUGACAACCAUUUUUGUAAAUUGACCUUACCAACUAAUCUUCCCUUAUUCAACGUGGGUGACAUUAACAAAAUGUGAACUUCUGUGAAUAAGCCAGCUGUCUAAAUCUGUCAAAUUGUGCAGUUUUAUUAUGCAUUAUACUAUUCAUAGAGUCAGCAAAACAAGAAUAAAGUUACUGCAGUAUUAUUUGUAACAUUUAAAUAUCCAACUCAACUAGCACUUUUUUCACUUACUUUUGUUAAAGGAAUUCCAAGCUGUAACUUACAGACUAACACGGCUACCCUUCUGAAAUCUGUUCAUAUCAGCAGUGACUCUUGAAUAUUUUCAGUUCCUAAUUGAAAAGGAAUGAUACACCAUUUUUACUAGUCACUUUCAAAUUCUUUGAAAAGAACUGAGCCCUAAGUGACAUUAUCUAUUUUGGUAAAAGACUAAAUUCUUCUAGUAAGUAGUUAUGCAGAGUCACAGAUGUUAGCUUAUGCCAACAAAAUGUCUAGUAUCCAGAUGGCCCCCUAGUUUCUGUUACUGGUGAAAAGAGACAUAAGCACUCUAUUAAAGACUGAGGAUAAAAUCCUGGUCUCAUCAAAAUCAAUGGCAAAACACCCGUUGACAUCAGUGGGGCAGGAUUCCAUCCUAAAAAUUUAAACAUCCAUAUCAAUUUAUAAAAAAAUCCAUUUGACACAUUCCAGAAAGAUUGUAAUACUUAUUACUAAGAACAGGUCUAAAAUAUGGGGGGUGACAGGAAAAGGGGAGAUAGAGAGGAGUUUGUGUUUCAUUACAUUAUUAAACACGUUUUCCAUCCUGUGGAAGCAGGCCUCUCUCCAUUAAGCCCCUAAGGGUGUGUAACAUACCAUGAGGACUGUCCAUUAGAAAGGAGAUGUUCUCAUUAGAUGUUUGAGCUGCAUAUUUUUCAAAAGAAAUUACACUAAAUAUUGAAAGGGGUGAGUAAACUAAGGUCACCCUCCUCUCACCUUUUCCUGACCUGACAGUCUAAAAUGUUAAAGAAGUUUGACUGCAGAGAACUGACAUGCAAAAAUUAAGUUAUUUCUGUAGCAUUCUGUAGUAGGGUUUUUUUGCAUGUGCUUGAGUUUCUCUCUUCUCUCUCCUGUCUUUUAUUUUAAUAAGGUCAUUAUGAAACAUAUCCAUGCCUUUGUUUCCAGCACACUAUAUAUUUCAAUCAUUCCUUCAGGUGUCUUUCCUCUCAAAGAGGAAAAAUGUAUUUAUAUCAACAUAACUCUAUUCUAGCUCCCAGCUGGAUUGAACCCAUUUAUAUUUCUCAUUUUACCACUUUAGGGAACUCUCUUUCCUCUCCCUUUUCCUGAAAAAAAUAGCAUACACCACUGAUCUGGUGGAAGGUCUAAUUUUUGCAUAUCCAUUGAACCAUCUUCUCUACUCCACAUGACAGUAUCAAUAUCUGAGGUGCAGACUUGUUCUGUUAAGAAUUUGCCAUAAAACCAGCCCCAAAUUGUUGUACUUUCUAGUCACAAAAAUCAUUAAACUGAUUUUUUUGACUUGUCCAACUGCAACUAUUAGCCCAAAAUUGUCCCUCAGAUUGGCACAAGACAUCUUCCAUUGGUUUUAAGGAAACUACAUGUGCCCAUCAAAGAGCAGAUGUUGGUCCACAGUGUCUACAAGUCCUCAGAGGUUACUGUGUUCCAUGCAUCCAAAUUAUCCAAAUAUCAAUAUCAGAGAGAACUAUUCUCUGGCAGCCAUCAUAACUUCAGCAUCUUUUGCUUCUCCCAUUCUCUUCUGUUAAUUCUGGUGUGAUAGCUCUUUCCUCAAAGCAAAGAUCAGUAUUUCCAUGCUGUUUCUGCUCACUAUUUUUUAAUCCAUAUUAUAGACAGAUGCCUCACUGAAGUGGCCUUCCCAUGGCACGUUACAUGCAGAAUUUAAACAAAAUACUGGUAUUUUUAAAAGUGAUACUUUUGAUUAUUCUGCCUGUGAUUUUUUUUUUGGUUGAUUGGUUUGGGUUUUUUUCCACUUCUAAUACUGUAGCUUGGUUGCCAUCAGUCAUUCACUAUGUGCUGUGGUGCAGGAGUAGCAGUCUCAUGUCCUUCACUCUUUAGAUCAUGAAGCUCAGUUGUGUCAAGGAGGUGACCUGCUUGAGCUGGGCAGUUGUUUAUUAUACAGUCAAACUGUCAGGUAGUUCAAAAAACAAUGCUGGCAUCAGCUUUGAAGGGGAUUGUUUCCAGUCUAGCUAUCAGAACCCUCAAAUGAGAAACAGAAGGGGAUUCCCCAGAAGGAAGGAAUGUGGAUCCUCACAAUACUCUUUCCCUAGUAUUGGGUUAACAAGGAUGACGCUAACUUGCACACCUUUGUGCCUGAGGCCCCAAUCCUGCAAACACUUAAGCAUCGGAGUAAAUUUACACAUGUGAGCAGUCCCAUUGAGUUAAAGAGGACUAUUCCACAUGUAUAAAGUUAGUCACAUGCAUAAGCUGUUGCAGGAUUGGGGCCUAAGGGAGAAAACUGAUACUGCCUAAAAAGAAAUAUUGCUCAGCUAAAUUUUUACUGAUUGUGCAAGUAUUUAAGAAGGUAUUAGAUAUUUUUAAAAUCAUCAUUAAUGUUAACUAACAGUCUAUUGAGUUAGUAAAAAUGUAAUCUUGUUCGAAGAACUGGUCAAAAUGAGAAAAAUAUCAUGACAAAUUUUUGAAAUUUCAAAGUUGUUUCCAUUUGGUAGGUUUCAAAAUAGAUCUAUUUGAAGGAUUUUUAAUCAUUUUUUUAUCCUAAACAUUGGCAAAAUGGUUACCAAUUUUCUUCAUUUACUAAAAACCAGGUUUUCUUAACCAUUUUACCAAAAACCUACUUUUUGAUUUAAAAAUCCCUAUUUUGAUAAACAUUUCAAAAAAAGUUUUGGGAAAAAAAUGUUGAAAAAGUCAACAGGGUUUUGAUAAAAUUUUCAUCAUUUUCCAGGGGAGAACUGGAGACUAUUUCAAUGAAUACAUGUUUCAUUCAAACAACUUUGACUAACUCUACUUUUCACAGUAUAUAAGUAUGAAAACAAGAGUGGAGACCACUUGAAUACUUUAACUUUCAAAUACUUUAGCCUUUCUCUGAGAUCCUGAUCUAAAGUCCACUCUAGUCAACUGAAAGACUCCCAAUGACGUUAGUUUUAGGAUUAAGUCCUCAGAAGAUAUCCACUUACUCAGCGGCAGGACUUCACUGCAUACAUUAUCCUUUCAAGCCUGUUCCUGCAGUCAUUAGUCUCGAUGGAAGUUUUACCAGAGCAAGGACGGCAUAUCCAGGCCUGUUUUUAGGUACAGAAUAUAUCUAGUCCUGUUUGAGUUUUGUUACAGGUAUUGCCAUCAAUUAUGUGAGGAUUUUAUUCUGUUGUCAGAUUUUCAUAUUAUUUUUUUAUUUGUUUAAAAAUGUGUAGCAAUUGACCCAUAGUAAUUUAUUCUCCUUUCACACACUUGUUCUUAUCUUACAUUUUUGAAUACAUGCGACUAGGCAAGAAGGUAACUAAAAAAAAUGCCAGUGGUCCCAUUUUAUGAGCUAACCAAACAACAUACUGAAGUGAACCCCAACUGGACAUAUAAGGUAAAAUCCUGGAUCUACUGAAAUCAAUGGCAUAAGUUUUAUUGACUUCAAAGGGACCAGGAUUUCAUCUAUUGAACUUAACAAUUCACUAGAACCUUGGACACAUUUUCAAAUAUGGUGUAAGAAUGCUAUACCAUUCCAAUCCAAUCUAUGGCCCCAAUCCUGCAAACACACAAGUAGUUAACUUUACUACCAUGAGCAGUCCCAUUGGACUUAACAUGACUACUGUCAGUAAUAAUGUUAAGCAUGUGCAUAAGUGUUUGCAGAAUCAGGACUUGGGUGUUUGCAUACAUGCACACAAUAUACUGGGCAAAAUUAUGCCUGUAGCUAUGCACACCCAUUGACAUCAAUGGGUGUCGUAUGCACAUAUCCAGUGGUAGAAUUUGACAUGACAUAUAUUCAUAGUAAGAUCUUCCAAGAAAUCAGAGUACUGCAAAUAAUUCCAUGUGGAUUUACAAAAAAUGUUCUGACUUACAAGGCAGUAUUACUGAUGCAUUGUCUUGGGAAAGAACCGUGUCACCACUUUACAGCACAAUAUACAUACCUAAGUAGUGACAUAUACCAAAUAUGCAGUGGCUUAGAUAUGAUGUGAGAUUUCACUAAAUAGUAAAGAGACUGAUCACUCAUCCAUCCCCAGCCCACUUCUAAGGUAUUGCUAAUUACUGGUAUGGGCUGUAUACAUAAAGGCACCAUACUUGCUGU